AUUAAAGCCAUCCCAAACAUAUAAUUAGAGUUGCAUGCAUAAAACACAUACUUCUGAAGAUGAAGUUAAGCAACCUUCUUACACUCUUUUUCCUUUCCUGUCUUUCUGUUUUGCUAGUGGGGAUUGUCUCUACAGAUGGAGCCCAAUGUGGAAGACAGGCAGGCGGGGCCUUGUGUCGAAAUAACCUCUGUUGUAGCCAAUGGGGUUUUUGUGGUAGCACAGAAGCCUAUUGUGGAGCUGGUUGUCAAAGUCAAUGUUGGAAUGAAAGACCUGAUCACAGAUGUGGGGCUGGCACUGGAAACAGUCCAUGCGCUCCAGGAAGGUGUUGUAGCAGAUUUGGGUUUUGUGGUAGCACAGCUGCUUAUUGCCAAGGAAACAAUUGUCAAUACCAAUGUUGGAGAAUUGCACCUUCCACUGAUGAACUCAUUCGUGCUAUGCUCGGAGAUUAUAACGCCAAUGAUGAUUCAGAUAUAAGAAAUGUUAUUAGUGAAUCAAUCUUCAACGAAAUGUUUAAGCAUAGAAAGGAUUGCCCAAGUAAAGGUUUCUACGAUUACCAGUCUUUUGUCAUUGCUGCUGCCUCUUUUCCUGGUUUUGGUACCACUGGAGAUGUGGCAACUCGUAAAAGGGAAAUCGCAGCUUUCUUUGCUCAAACAUCUCAUGCAACUGCAGGAAAAUGGAUUGAUUCAUUUGAUCAACAUGCAUGGGGAUAUUGCUUUAUCAAUAGAACUUCUGGCGAGUAUGAUUAUUGUACAUCUUCUCAUUGGCCAUGUGCUGCUGGCAAAAAAUAUAAUAGUCGAGGACCAAUUCAACUUACCCACAACUACAACUAUGGGCUUGCUAGUGAAGCACUGGGAAUAGAUUUGAUAAACAAUCCUGAAUUGGUAGCAACAGACUCAGUGGUGUCCUUCAAAACUGCCGUAUGGUAUUGGAUGACUCAACAUGAUAACAACCCUUCAUUCCACAACAUUGUUAUCAAUGCAAAUUCUGGAAUUAAAAACCAACUCCCAACUUAUGCUAAUACCAAUAAUGACAAAAACCUUGUUGGGUACUAUAAAAGGUACUGUGACAUGUUAAGGGUGAGUUAUGGAGAUAACUUAGACUAUUUGUCUAAGUUUCCUAACGCCUCUGGCAUUUCUAUGCUUUCCCAGAUCUGAAAUCGUUUAUAGAGGCAAAAGUACGUACCAUAAAAAUAGUGGCUUGAUUAUAAUUAUGAAUAAAGAAAGCCUACUACAUUGCCUCAUGUAAUUGUAUAUGUGUGUUUGUAUUAAAUAAGGAGCUCAACUUGCUAUGUUCUGUUGAGCUAUGUUUGUCUUUUGAUUGAAUAAAAUGAGCUUAUGCUCUCUUUAUUAAUUA